CAAUCCUCUUGUCUCUCAGCCUAGCAGAGUGUUGGGAUUAUAGGUUGGGAUUAUAGGUCAGGCAACAUUAUGUUGGGCUAAAAACAGUUAACCUUAGGGUAUAUGAAUUUUAGCGUGAGGAAAAAAAUGCACACAAUAAACUAAAAUUUCUAACUUCUUUUCCUUCUCCUUCUCCUCUUUCUCCUUCCUCCUUCUCCUCCUUUUUUUUUCAGACAGGAUCUCACUGUGUAAUUCAGGCUGGUCCUGAAUGCUCUAUGUAGCCCAGGCUGACCUCGAACUCACAGUGAUCCCCUCCUGUCUCAGUCUACUGAGUGCUGGGAUUACAGGCGUGCACCACUGCACCCCACUAAACAUUUUAACAACAUAAACUCCUGCACAGGCCUUCGGCCCCCUGAGCUUACUGCGGCCACUAUUCUAUGGAAGGUACCUUGCAUCCGGUUGAGUCAGAUGCUCCCAAGACUCCCAGUUCCUGGUCCGGAGGGGCCCCUGGUACUGGCGACCUCCCCAGCCCCAUGCUUGUGCCCUGUGUGAAGGAAGCAUCUUUGAAUAUACAGAAGCUGAGCAGGACACCAGGCCUGGCCGCAGGACUCUUCCUUUCCCCGCUCCAGACCGCCCACAGACUGCUCUGCAAUGACCACAGCACGCUACCGGCCCACCUGGGACUUGGCCCUUGAUCCACUGGUAUCCUGCAAGCUGUGCCUCGGGGAGUACCCAGUGGAGCAGAUGACCACCAUUGCCCAGUGCCAGUGCAUCUUCUGUACCUUGUGCCUGAAGCAGUAUGUGGAGCUCUUGAUCAAAGAAGGACUUGAAACUGCCAUCAGCUGCCCAGAUGCUGCCUGUCCCAAGCAAGGCCACCUGCAGGAGAAUGAGAUCGAAUGCAUGGUCGCGGCGGAAAUAAUGCAAAGAUAUAAAAAGCUACAAUUUGAAAGAGAGGUGCUCUUCGAUCCCUGCCGGACCUGGUGCCCGGCAUCCACCUGCCAAGCUGUGUGCCAGCUCCAGGACCUGGGGCUGCAAACGCCUCAGCUGGUACAGUGCAAGUCAUGUGACAUGGAGUUCUGCUCAGCCUGCAAGGCUCGCUGGCAUCCUGGCCAAGGCUGCCCAGAGACCAUGCCUGUCACCUUCCUCCCGGGGGAGACCAGCUCCGGGUUGAAGCUGGACGAGGACGCCGUGCCCAUCAAGCGCUGCCCCAAGUGCAGGGUGUACAUUGAGCGGGAUGAGGGCUGCGCGCAGAUGAUGUGCAAGAACUGCAAGCACGCCUUCUGCUGGUACUGCCUGGAGUCACUGGACGAUGACUUCCUCCUGAUCCACUACGACAAGGGACCCUGCCGAAACAAGCUGGGCCACUCGCGGGCUUCUGUAAUCUGGCAUCGGACACAGGUCGUGGGCAUCUUUGCUGGAUUUGGGCUCCUGCUUCUGGUGGCUUCUCCCUUUCUACUCCUGGCCACCCCCUUUGUACUGUGCUGCAAGUGCAAGUGCAGUAAAGGUGAUGAUGACCCACUGCCCACCUAGAGGAAAGGACAAUACUGGAAGGAGACGUCGUUCCAGAAACCGUGGCUCCCCCACCCUCACCUUUCUGUCCCCCUCCCACUAAACAUUUUUCUUGCCUUAUGUGCCCCACUGAGCUUCACAGUGUCAGGCUGGAUGCCAUGAUUUCAGGGACCAAUGUCAGGACAUUCUCCAAGGCCCCAGGUGAGGUCACUUAGGCAUGGGGAAGGCAAGGCCGGGGAGGGGGGCACGUCCCAGAAUCAGCCUCUGUAGAUGUGACCACUGGUGUGGCAAGAAGCACAGUAGGUAGUUUCCUCCCCUGGCAUAGACUAGGAGCAUCUGGGGCGGGGGGAGGAGACCUCAACUGAGCGUUGCCCAUCAUCACCUCUGGACCAAGAUGGCGCCAUGCCGUGCGGAGGAGUCUUUCAAGGAUUACAACUCUCUUCAGACGGAAUUCCGUUAUUCCACCUUGAGGAAAGCACUCAACUGUGUAUGACAACUAUUUUUAUUACUAAUGGCAUUUAGUAAAAUCCUUUCUAGAAGGCUUUCUUUUUCCCAACUGAGUAGUGAAAAUCGACAAGGUGCAUACAAACCAUCCUAUGCCUUUCUUGAAGUGUGCGUUUUGAGAAGUUCAGUGAAAUGACUUUUCUGGCUUGACCACUUUUCAGGUGAUCAGAAAGCCUUACGCACUCGGAGUUUUCCUUGAAACUUGCUGUAGUAACUUUCUGAAUGCUGUAAGCUGUGUCCUGUUGUGAACACAGUUCCUAUGUUUGUUACAUUUUUCUGAAAAUAUCGACAUGGGUAAAAGAACAUCUCAGCUAGAUUUGCCUUUCAUUUCUUUGGCGUUUCAACUCACAGGGCUCAUCCCAUUUCACCCAGGUAGCAGCAAACACUUGUAUUGAUGACUUCAAGCCAAAUGUUUUACUUGGAAGCUGUUCUACCCAGUGUAGCCUCUUGCCCUAGUUUUCAAGUAGGAAGAAGAAAAUUGCAUAAUCCAUCCUCAGACACAGGGCCUCCUGCCAGGGCCUGGGGGAAUUUUGGACACCAGGCUGGAGUUUUCUGGAUUCCCACAUUUUUUAAAUGCUUUACGUAAUUUUGAAAAAUCAUGUGUCUCCCACAGUUUCAAAUCCUCUAGUUGACCAGUUUGCCCUUGCUUAGAAAAAAAACCCACCCCUUUCCUUUAGUCAUUUUGCUAUGAAAAUUUUACCACUUUGUCUUUUACAGGAUGGGUGGUAUGUGACUGUUUCCACACAAUAGUGGACCAAUCAAUAACAGCACAUGCAUUAUUCCAUUAAUCAACUUUAGAAAGUGGAGAAAGUUUUCUUCAUGAAGAACUGACUUCCAAAGCCAAAUGUGCUUGUUGUGAGCAAAAGGCAAAUGUCACAGAUUUAUUACAGUGCAAUUUCUUAAGGCUUUUUAAGUGACCUAAAAAAAAAAGAAGGAAAACAAAGACUCCUUUUAUCUCCCUCAUUUGUUCAUUGCAAGCACUUUCUUUUUAUUUUUUAUUUUUUGGUCCCGGGAUAGAACUCAUGACCCUGUGCUUGCCAGGCAGGCACUGUGCGACUGAGCUAGAUCUUGGGACCUGCAAGCACAUUUUUAAAACGUGGUUAUCUUGUGUGUGCUUAAUUCCACAUCCAUGUGUUCAUCUCAGGUCCUCUUCUUUUCUGUGUAGAGAUUCCUUCUUUAUUUCUUGACAGUGAACAGCUGAGGAAAAAAGCAGAAUUUCUUUUCACCACUAAGUUCCUGAUUUCCUUCAUGAAAGUAAAGCCAUUUAGAAGACCAGCCUGUGUCACAAUUAUGUCUCCAGAGUUCUCUCUGUGACUGCAGAGUAUAGGGUCAGUAAUGAAAUGAGUGGAUGGCUCUGGCCAUCUUCCUGCGGGGAGCCUGCCCAUGGGUGUUGGUGUGGCUGAUGUCAGCGUGGGUGACCAGCUUCACGCCUUGCUCAGUGGCUCAAGACCUCAGUCUGCAGUUUAUAGAUGCAGCUACCACCCUUUAAAAGGCCUGUCAAAGGUUGCAGACCGUGGCCUUGUGUCCAGUGGCCCACAGGGCAGCAGGAGACCCAGUUCCUCCCAUCUAGCACCCAAACCUGUACAGUACUCAUUGUCCUUGGGAUGGGGUGGGGGAGCUUUGGGCGAGUUCACCUCCAGGAUGGUAUCUUAGGUUCCGUGUUCCUAGGGGGACAGCCCAUCCUCCCAUCUCAAGGAGUCUCUGGCCUGCUCAUGAGUAUCCGUCGCCCCAGCCCUCCUUGUGCCUUCACCUGCUGUGGUUUGCAAACACGGGGUUUGACCCAGGCAGGGACCACAGCAGUUCCAGGGGCAGUCAGAGGGCUCUGGGCUUUCAUGUCAAACACACCUCCCACUUCUUCAAAUCAUUCAGUAAUAAAAUUAAAUCUCUCCCUUCCCUCUGUAACCACCAGGAUCACACUGAUACGCUCACCCUUUGGUUCCCCUGCUCUGCCUCCCUGAGAGAAGAACUCCUUUGUCCAUUUGCUGUGGGGAUGCGGUCUUAGUCACACUUGCCGUAAAAUGCAAAUAGAUGUUGGGCGGCAGAGCUUUGGUCUUGCUCUCACCCCCCAACAGCACCCAGAGAGUUCCGUACUUACGACAUGGGCUUGUUCCUGUUACUUACCGUGGUAUCUCCCAGGUGAAAAGCGACAUUCAUUUGUUUUAGAUACUUUACACUUCUUUGCCCAAAAGUACUUGGUGCCCAUUCCUGUAGAGCCUGUCAAGUCCCAGGGAUGGGAGAGACCCUCAGAUAGCCAUGGGUGCUUCAGGGCUGACCAGCUGGGGGUCUGCAGAGGACAUGGUUGACCUAUCAGUUAUCCGAGGCCCUUUGGCAACUGACCCUAUUUCCAGGUCAUACUGGAUCCUGUGUCCCGGUGAUCUGAGCUUUGCAGAUAACCCAGGGCCACCACCUUCAAAGACAGAGUCAUCAUGGAUGCUUGCUGGCCAGUGUCAACUUGGCAUUCAGCUAAAUGUCACAUGAAUUACUAUGCCCGUCAGCUCUUCUUCCUGAGUGUUCAAGAGAGACUCAGGCCAAGAAGAUGGCAUCUACCCCCUCUGCAUCGUUGGAGAAUAUUAUUCCGUAAAACUGACUGGGGUGGGCAAAGUGAUGCAUCCCAGCACUCGGGAGGCUGAGGCAGAAACAUCACCGUGAGUGGGAGGCCAGCCUGGGCCACCCAACAACACCUUGUCUCAAAAAAACUGGACAAACAAAGAACAAUGAAACCUGACUUGGGAUCCAGGCCAAUAAUUCCUGAUAAGAACACAGUGCCUAUUGUGGGGAGAGUUUGCUAGGGACAAAAAAAUGAUAGCAAGAUGAGUUUUAUCUUUUCUACGUUCUUUGCAAAAGGAAAAAGUUGUUUAGCAAUUAGAAAACUUUUCUAUGGGUAGUCUUUCAAAAUGAGGGGACGAGGGUGGGCUUUGGGGCUAUUACUAACCCACACACCUGUAUAUAUACUUAUGUCAGUCACAGACUACUGAGGGAAAAUAGUUUGCAUGUACUCAACUUCGUGAAGGUCUCUUAAAAAAAUACCAAAGUCUGUUUCAUAUAAUUAACGUAAGCCCUUAUGAAAUUAAAUAAAACAGAGAUUUGAUGGGUUGUUAUCGAGAUUCCCAAUGCAGCAGUGACCUGCACUGAAAUGUAAUUGCUAGGACAUCACAAGUAAGGAGCAUGCUGUCUUAUAUUUAAGCCCCACAAUUCUCCAUCACUGUUCUAAUUUGUGUAAUCUCGUCUUCCAUGAUUUCAGGAGCCUUCCGUUAGGGGAGCUGCGUGCCUGGUCUUUGUUUUUCUUCUUUACCCACUUGGCUAUAAGUGUAUUUUAAUCUUGUAUAAAAAUUUGCAUGAGAGUCAUGCACAUGUGUGCAUUAUGCAUUUGACGAGUGGUGGUCGAACAAAAACCAAACGAGUUCGGUUUUGUGUCCUUUGCAGCGUCCGUACGUUCUGCGCCACCGACACUGUGAUGUACGGAAGCUCAGUUUGAAUGCCUUUUUCCUGUUGCAUUUUGUACUUUGGAAUCCCUAUGGAAACGCCUGGUUUGUAAUUUCAAUACGUAUUUUAAAUGUAUUGUAUCUUACGUAGUUUGUUCCCCUUUCAAAGGGAUUUCUUUUUAAAGCUUUUUUGGCUGGAAUACAGGUGACUUUCCAAAUCC